AUGAGCCGGCCCAUCGCUACGUUUUUCUCGCUUCUUACCGUAUUCUUGGCUAUAGGGCUAGGGUGGUAUUAUAACGAAUUUCUGAGAAACAAGAAGGAUGAGGAAGUUCGUAGGCCAUACGAUCCUAUCAAUAUGCUUCUUCGAAAUCAUCUCCAUCAGGAAGUCUGUAUUAUUUUUAGUCCUUUGGCCUUUCGCGGUCUACGCGUAAAAGGAAGAGAUGGUGUCCUUCUUCUAUCAGAGGCUCGACUUCUCAUUCCCAAAAAAUUGACCUAUCGUAAUAUGGACACAGCAAAGUGGAAGAUAGACAAGACCACAGUGCGUCUAUCAUACGCGCGCACCAUGAUUGCAGGAGUAUUCUUCAGUGAAGCCGUGGAGCUGAACUCGUCAGUGGAGCAUAAAAUUCUCAUCAUAGGAUUGGGAGGUGGCAUCAUAAACAACUACUUGAGUAAUAUGCCAAAUCAAAAGGUUUGUUUUGUUUUCGUUCCACUUCUAGGCUGAUG